AUGGGGAUGGCAUUUACCAAGCUCUUCGCCAAGCUGGUCGGCAAGCAGGAGAUGCGCAUCUUAAUGGUGGGCCUCGAUGCCGCUGGCAAGACCACCAUCCUGUACAAGUUGAAGCUCGGCGAGGUUGUCACCACGAUCCCGACGAUCGGCUUCAACGUGGAAACUGUCGAGUACAAGAACAUCAGCUUCACCGUGUGGGACGUGGGCGGCCAGGACAAGAUCCGCCCGCUGUGGCGCCAUUACUAUCAGGGCACCCAGGGCCUCAUCUUCGUGGUCGACAGCAAUGACCGCGACCGCGCGGAGGACGCGCGCGAGGAGCUCAUGAAGAUGCUGAACGAGGACGAGAUGCGCGACGCCGUGCUGCUCGUCUUCGCGAACAAGCAGGACCUCCCGAAUGCGAUGCCAGCGGCAGAGGUGACCGAGAAGCUCGGCCUGCACAACAUGCGCAACCGCCAGUGGUUCAUCCAGUCGGCCUGCGCCACCACCGGCGACGGUCUCUACGAGGGCCUUGACUGGAUGUCGCGGACGCUCUCCUCCAAGAAGUGA